CCAAAAACGUCACAUUUUUCACUUUUCGCGUCAUUUUUAAUAAAGUAGAAAAAUAAAUCACCAAAUAUAUAAAUAACUUAUUUCUUCAACAUUGGUUGCAUAGAACUUGACCUGCUCAAUUGCCAUAUAAUUAAUGAGUUAUUGCUCAACAUGGCAUAUACCGAAAAAGUGUCACUGAGCGGCACUGCAUUAUCCUUUUUGUUAUACGAAUGUGUAAAUUCAGUAAAUUGCCAGGAAGGAUUUCUGAUUGGGGACGUGACUUCUGAAAUAACUAAUCACAUAUCUGACUCACAAAGCGAUAACGCCCGGUUGGACACUCAAAUAGUCAUAAGAACUGUCCUGCCUUUACCCUCGGUGUCCUUGUUUUACCUACCAACCGGUAGAAUAAAGGAGGAUGUACUAUCAAACUUACUUUCAAAUACUGCAAAUGAAAUUGUUGGUUGGUACAAAUACCGAAAGAAUAGUUCGGUUAAACCUACGUUUAGAGAUAGACUAAUAUCCAAGGGACUGCAAAAGUAUUUUGAAAAGCAUCAUGGAAGAAAAAACUUUGCCACCUGCAUAUUAUCUAGCAAAACUUCAUCUUCUGCAUCAACACACACAUUUACUUACAGAUUUGGUAAAAUCAAUUGCUUUGACAUUUAUGAAUACAUCGAGGAUGUGACAGCAAAUCUGGGGGAGAGGUUGACGGGCUACAAGAAGCCCCACAGGUUGUCACCGCAUAGCAUUUUCAAUAAAAUAGUAAAGGACAGCAAUGUGCAGAGUAACAGCACAACAGAAGCAAUUCUGAGGAUACAGGAGGCAGUAGACAUCCGGCUCCUUAAGGAAGCUCGAUUAGCAGCUAAGAAUGAAUGCACAAUCAGAGAGCUAGAAGCUGAAAUUAAACAAAUGAAUGCUAUUCUCUCUGACAAACAAUGUGAAGACCUGCAAGUGAGCUAUAAUAAAAGUUUAGAGGAGAAGUUCAUGAACAGAGAGACAGAGAUGGCUGAAGCGUGCGUGCAAGCAUUGGCUACACCUUCACGGGUGGACAUUUUGAGCGUCCCAAAUGUUCUGCUCCAUAGUAACAACCUGAUUGAGUGUGACAACCCUCCUCCCUCUAGCAAUGAGGCUGAGAGAAGUUCCAGCCCAAUACUAAUAUCAAGUUCAGUGAAACAGCCCAAGUUAAGUUAUGCAGCAGCUUCAAAGACAAGCACACAGCCAUCAACAAGUAAAUCAAACAACCACAUUGAAGACCUGAUAAGUUUUGAUGUGGAUGAUAACAAAGUAAACAACACGAAAACCAUUGUCAUCAAUGAUGAUAUGAAACAUUUAGGUGACAGUUCCCCAGAGUGGUAGAUGGUCAGUACCAGUGCCUUAUACUAUAGCAUUAAGUUACCCUAAUUUUUUAAUCAUACACUUUAUAGGUGGACCAAAUACUGACAUUCAGCUUUUACAUCUUUAAUAUCCAUGUUAAAUUUAAAGGUCUGAAGUUGGCCGUCAUCGGAAAGUCUUGCCAAGUACGCCAACGACGGCUUUGCCAAUGCAAUGAGGACUUACGCGAGACUCCAUAAAGUUCAAUUUCGCUUAAAUAAUCGCGAUUGCCUGGCGUCCGGGCCACGGCAUAUUCCUUCGUGUCAGUAUUUGGGACACCCAGAUAAAGUUCUCUUAGUUAUUUGAAAUAUGACUUGUUCCGUUGUUUCAAGAUUUGUUAAUUCUGUUCGUAAAUACAAAACAAAUCUCAUUACAUUGAUGUUGAAAGUUGUUACUUAGAAUCUAAUGAUCGUUUUAACAUAUUUCGUGUACAUAUCUUAAUUAUUGCUGUUACGGCCGUUAAAAUAUACCUGCUUUAACAUUUAAUGCGCUCGCAAACUCAUACUCGCUAAUAGUUAUAAGACUUAUUUUCUUCUUUGAACUACAUAAUUAUAUUCAUUAAGAAAUUUUAUUUUGAAGGAAAGGCCACUUUGCAAGAUAUGAUUUGCAAAUUCUUAUUUGACAUAAUAUUGUAGCACUUAAACCAACGAGCAGUAGGGCUAUAAAGAUAAAGCGAGAAAGCUGCAUCGCAUCGCUAGAGGUCUAGGUCGCAAGUGCCAGGUAGAUGGCCAGCUUAAUGAUUAUGAGUUUAUGAUUCUGUACGUUGAUUUUGGCCCCACAAUAGUUGUCUGUGAUGCUCAUCAUAAUCAUUUUAACCUUUUGUCGCCCGCUGCAGGGCAUAAUAGGCCUCUUCGCGUUCGCCACUUCAGUACUAAGCCAGUCUCAUCCAGAAUGUUAACUUAGAAUAUAUUUUUAUUAAGGGACGUCUAAAAAAGUAAUUUAAGGGAAACUUAUUUUAUCAUUGUGGUUAGGUUAACUUAACCAAUGUAUUUCCACUAUAUCACAAUGCUAUUCACAUAUUAAGAAUAUUCAUAUUUAAGUUUGCUUACUUAAUUUGAUUACCACUAGUAUUUAAUUAUCGAUAUAUAGUUGUACAUGUACAAAAUAUUUUUGUAAUUAUUUGUUUAUAAAACACUAAACUUAUGUUUUAUUUCAAGUAUUGUUAAUUUACUCUUCGCUCAAUUAUAAUGAAACAAGAAAAUAAUAUGAA